AUGUAUCAAGAGCUGUCGAGGGUCCACGAUCCUCAGAGGUCCAUGCGCUGCCACCAAAUUCGACAGAUUCGAUCUCGCCCUUCUUACCACCAAGCUGUAAAAGUCUACAACAGGUCCUCCAUUCGACGCCGCCGAAGGUCCUUGAGCAAAUCCGAUCGGAACAACAGCGCCAUGACCAGGGUAGAGGUGAAACAGCAGCAGGCCGCGGAGAAGAGCCUCGCUGUCUUCAUGUUGCGCUGCUGCUGGAGAGACGAACAAGAUGUGACCGUCGAUGGAGGAAACCAAAAGAGGCAGCAUUCUCGAGUCGAGAUCAUUGAAGUGAGCUGCUACGUGAGAUGCCUGUCUAGGCAAGUAAGGACCAGCUUCGAUGGACGCAGCGAGCUGUUGAGCUUCGAGACUCUGGUAUGGCUGCGGACGACGAGGAAGACGGUCACCGCGCCUCGCGGCCACGGGAGUGCAGCUGAAAACCCAGAAGGCGAUACACCAGAGCUGAAACAAACGGUAUCUUGGCAGCAUUUCUAA